AUGUCACUUAUUACACAUCUCAAAUCCUCGCUCAUCACUCUUAUCACACAUCUUAUAUCCACUCUUCUCAUACAUCUCAAAUCCCCUCUUAUCGCUUAUUACACAUCUCAAAUCCCCUGUUAUCGCUUAUUACACAUCUCAAAUCCUCUCUCAUCACUCUUAUUGAACAUCUCAUAUCCACUCUUCUCACACAUCUCAAAUCCCAUCAUCGCUUAUUACACAUAUCAAAUCCUCUCUCAUCACUCUUCUUACACAUCACAUAUCCACUCUUCUCACACAUUUCAAAUCCCCUCUUAUCGCUUAUUACACAUCUCAAAUCCUCUCUCAUCACUCUUAUUGAACAUCUCAUAUCCACUCUUCUCACACAUCUCAAAUCCCAUCAUCGCUUAUUACACAUAUCAAAUCCUCUCUCAUCACUCUUCUUACACAUCACAUAUCCACUCUUCUCACACAUUUCAAAUCCCCUCUUAUCGCUUAUUACACAUCUCAAAUCCUCUCUCAUCACUCUUCUUACACAUCUCAUAUCCACUGUUAUCUUUUUUUUUGAUCUUUUUCCAUUCACACAUCUCAAAUCCUCUGUUAUCGCUUAUUACACACCUCAAAUCCUCUCUCAUCAUACUUAUUACACAUCGCAUAUCCACUCUUCUCACACAUCUCAAAUCCCCUGUUAUCGCUUAUUACAAAUCUCAAAUCCCCUCUUAUCGCUUAUUACACAUCUUAAAUCCUCUCUCAUCACUCUCAUUACACUUCUCAUAUCCACUCUUCUCACACAUCUCAAAUCCCCUUUUAUCGCCUAUUACACAUCUCAAAUCCACUCUCAUCACUCUUAUUACACAUCUCAUAUCCUCUCUCAUCACUCUUAAUACACAUCUCAUAUCCACUCUUCUCACACAUCUCAAAUCCCCUCUUAUCGCUUAUUACACAUCUCAAAUCCUCUCUCAUCACUCUUAUUACACAUCUCAUAUCCACUCUUUCACACAUCUCAAAUCCCCUCUUGUCGCUUAUUACACAUCUCAAAUCCCCUCUCAUCACCCUUAUUACACAUCUCAUAUCCACUCUUCUCACACAUCUCAAAUCCCCUCUUAUCGCUUAUUACACAUCUCAAAUCCCCUGUUAUCGCUUAUUACACAUCUCAAAUCCUCUCUUAUCACUCUCGUUACACAUCUCAUAUCCACUCUUCUCACACAUCUCAAAUCCCCUCUUAUCGCCUAUUACACAUCUCAAAUCCUCUCUCAUCACUCUUAA